CUCCAGUCGAUGAAAAUGAAAGCUGGGUACAGCCAGCUAAAACCUGUGGUGCUUAUUUUGAUCUUUAAUCUCUGUUUUUACUCAAGUUUUCAACUUAAUGAGCUGCAGCAGGUAUGUGAGCUCUGCAGCGGGGCCGUCCUAAACGACUCCGUAGUGGGUCAGUUUUGUGCCUCAUCCGCUGGUCGGACACUGGGACGCUGCUGCUUCAAAUAUGACAACACAAGUUGCCAUGAACGCAUCACCGGGUUGGAUCUAUCCAACUGUUCACUUACUCAUGUGGUGGAUCUGCAGGAAGCGUCAAAGGCAUUAAUGAUAGACCUCUCACUCAAUCCCAUCAUUAACAUCAGUGACACUGUGUUUCAGGGAUUUAGUGAGUUAAAUUAUGUGAUUUUGCCACAAGAAAUAGACUGUCCUGGAGGCAACUCUUCCUGGGAAAAGGUUGAGGUCAAGGCAGGAAAUCGUCUUUGCAAAGGCCAGAAAGAUAUAUGCAAUCAGACUGGACAGCUGUCCAUUGAAUGCCCUGAGAAUUCCCUGUGCGCCCCCUAUGGACCUGGCUUCUUUGAAUGCAGCUGUGCUGACAACUAUCAUGGAUACAAGUGUCUCAGAGAGGGGGAGUUUCCAGCCCUGUAUGUGUUUGGGCCUCUUGGAGCAUCUACAAUUUUGGUCUCUGUCCUGCUAUGGGUCACACAAAGGCGUAAAGUCAAGUCAUUUUAAAUUCAAAAGGUUUCUCUUUUUUUCUAAAUCUGUAAUGACCGACCAAGCGGAAACUGACUGUUCUGAAAGGGCAAAACUGACACAAAGUCUUGUAUUUUAAAAAUAUACAGUUGAUGUAUUUUACACCUUUUGUUGGGUAGCUAAGUUUUAUCUUUGGACAUUUUUAAAACCAAAUAACUGAUUUAUCAGCACAGUUUUAAGGAGACAAGUAAUUUGAGUGCAUGCUGCCCCAAUUUUUGCUCCUUUUUUAUUUUUUCAAUAUUGCCACUGUUAAGUUAAAUAUUUCAAGCGUUGUAAGGUAAGGAAAGAUCUCAAUGAGAACAUUUUGUUUUGGAAGAUUCUAAAGACUUUGCUGAACAUGCACCGCAUGUGUAUGAUUACACAAAGAACAUUAUGUACAUAUACGGCCAUAUUUAAGAAAAUGUGUACAGUUUGUGAAAUUGUGUACCACAUGUUGAACACAUACUUUUCCUAUAGGACAAACUAAUCCAGGUUUUCCACAAAAAAGUUUAUGUAAACCACUGGAAUCCUGAGUUUAAUCGGGUGUUAUGCUUUAAGUUUUAAACACUAUGAAAAAUUUUGAUGAAAAAAAGUGAGACAAAAAGUGAUAUGAACAACCAUAGCAUAAUCUGAAGUUUCAAAUGCUGUUACAAUGUCUUGCAUGUUUUGACCACAAAUCCUGUUUGUCUUCUGUUGCAUUACACUCCACAUUCUGCUAUGAAGCAGAGCCUUGGUGUUAAACCCUUAAUUAAUCAUUUAAAUGUGGUAUCUAGGCACCGUCUUGCUGCUGAUUAGCAACAGUUUUGAUUCAUUGACAUUCAGAGUUGUGAUUAAUCAACACAGUUCACAUUUCGCUUUGCUCAUGAAUUUUGCACAUGCAAGAAUUUGCUCAUUUGAAGGCCUUUUAUGGAUCUGAAAACUGCAUAAAUGCAUGAACUAAUGCAUUGACUGCAGUCUGACUACUGUUAAAGACACACUCCAUGUGUAGCUGUGUGCAAAAUGCUGCUUUUAAAAGUGUUGUUUUCUUACUGGUGUUUCAAUAUGUGCCAAAAUAAAAUCUAAAGCAUGUGAGUAUCAUGUGUUCAAUUUUGGAUAAAACAAUAAACGAUCUGA